AUGCCACUGAUGCUCGGCUUCGCCGCAGCAGGUGCCGGCGGUUACUACCUGUACAGUGCCGGUGGUGAUCCCGAAGCAGCCAAGAACAAGAUGAAGAUCGACGCCGAGAAAGCCCGCGAGAAGCUCCCCUCCACAGACAGCGCCGAGAAAUACGGCAAAGACCUAGGCAAGGAGGCUGGUUCGACGGUCGACGACGCUGUGGCUCGCGCCCGGGCAGAAGGCAAGAAGAUCCCUGAGUUUGCGCAGGAAGGCAAAGACAAGCUUGAUGGGCUCCGGGGGGAUGCCAAGGAUCGGCUUAGUGCGGGUCUGGACAAGUUGAAUAGCGGGGUGGAUCAGGUGGAUCGCGAUGUUGAGAAGAAGGCGGCCGAGGCCAAGGGGGCUGUUUCGGGGUGGUUUGGGAAGAAAUAG